UAGCGUCAGUCAGCCAUGGGCUCCGCAGCCAAAGUGAUUCUUUACCAACUAUUCCGAGGUCCCCGAGCGCCAAGUCCGUCACCGUUUGCUGUUAAACUGGAGACUUUCCUCAGAAUGGCUAAAAUAGAAUACACAAACGACUUCAGCGUGACACAGUCGUCCAAAGGCAAGAUCCCCUGGAUGAGAUACGACGGAGAACCUGUAGAGGACUCUCAGUUCUGUGUCGAGUAUCUGAACCGGAAGUUAAACAUAAACCUAAACAGUCACCUGGCCGAGGAACAACGAGCUAUUGCGCAUGCGUUUCGGAAGAUGGCGGAAGUGAAUCUAUACUGGAGAUAAGAAGUUCUUUUUCGGCGAUGAACCCGUGUGAGACGGAUGCUGCUUUGUUUGGACAGUUGUCGCAGAUUUACUGGCAGUGUCCAGGAAGCAAAGGGGGAACAACUCUUGAACGACACAAGCAUGAUUUGUUUAGACGUGUGAGACAUGACGUUGACAUUCAUCAUCUGAUUCAACCUUAAACCUCAGGACGCGGUAGCAGCGUGGUUAAAGCGUUGACUCACCAUGCCGGAGGUCCGGGUUUGAUUCCCAACAUGGGGAAAUGUGUCCAAUAUGUUACCAGAAAGAUGUAAAUAAAUACGUGAUAUCGAAUAAAUUACCUACACCUGAAA